AUGACAAGAUCCUUCAGCGUCGAGAACAUCCCGCAGCUGCCUCCAGACCCAUUGUUUGGUCUCAAGGCCAGAUACAGCGAGGACCCGCGUCCCAACAAGGUCGAUCUUGGAAUCGGUGCAUACAGAGACAACGACGGCAAGCCGUGGAUUUUGCCCUCUGUCAGGCUCGCCGAGAACCUGUUGCAGAACUCCAAGGAGUACAACCACGAGUAUCUGGCGAUUUCCGGCUACAAGGCGUUCACCGACGCCGCUGCCCGGAUCAUCCUUGGUCAGCAGUCCAGGGCCAUUGCCGAGGGCAGACUCGUGUCUAUCCAGACGCUUUCCGGCACUGGUGCAUUGCACGUGGCGGGUAAGUUCUUGAAAGACUUCUACGUGUCCAACGCCACCAGAGACCCUCCUGUCAUUUACCUCUCGAAGCCUACGUGGGCCAACCAUGUACAGAUUUUUGAGUACCUUGGCCUCAAGACGGCCUCGUACCCCUACUGGAACAACGAGACCAAGUCGCUGGACCUGGACGGCUUUGUGAAGGCCAUAGAACAGGCUCCCGAGGGCUCUGUGUUCCUGCUGCACGCCACCGCGCACAACCCGACCGGGCUCGACCCCAAACCGGACCAGUGGCUCAAGAUCCUACAGGCCAUCGAAAAAGGCAAACAUCUGGCUCUGUUCGACUCGGCGUACCAGGGCUUCUCGUCCGGGUCGCUCGAUAAAGACGCGUGGGCCGUGCGCGAGGCCGUCGACAAGAACUACAGCUUCCCGAUCAUUGUGUGCCAGUCGUUUGCCAAGAACGCAGGAAUGUACGGCGAAAGAGUCGGCGCCGUGCACGUGGUGCUGCCAAACCACGACACAGCGCUCAACAAGGCGGUUCUCUCGCAACUGUCCAAGAUCAUCCGCGCAGAAAUCUCCAACCCGCCAGCGUACGGAGCCAAGAUCGUUUCUCUCAUCCUCAACACGCCCGAGCUCAUGAAACAAUGGGAGGACGACCUCGUGACCAUGAGCUCGCGGAUCUCCAAGAUGCGCCAGACCCUCACUGCCGAGCUCGAGAAGCUGGGCACCCCGGGCUCCUGGAAGCACAUUGUCGAGCAACAGGGCAUGUUCUCCUUUACCGGCUUGACGCCGGCCCAGGUCGAGAGACUGGAAAAGGAGCACGGCGUGUACCUGGUCAGCUCUGGCAGAGCCAGCAUCGCCGGUCUGAACGAGGGCAACGUCAAGCAUGUGGCCAAAUGUAUCGACCAGGUGGUGAGAACUGUGUAG